GACUAUUUUGAGUUGAUGCUCAAACUUAAGGACUGUUUUGAGAAAAGAUUUUUCUCAACUUUCUCUACACCGGAGAAUGCACAACUAGACCACCAGAUUCCGGGCCGUGUUCGCUGUGCAUCAAUCGGAGAAUGCACAAUUAAAUCGCGGGGGCCGUGUUCGCCGUCGAGUAGAGGUCGGAGUUAUUGUGUUCUCUUUCGCCUGAUUCUGUAAUCCAUUUUAAUUGGUGAGAUAGCCUCUUUAGGGUUGAGAUGCAGAUUGACUAAUAAUGGGUCUGGAAAAUCUGAAGCAACUGACGCCUUUUAUCAAAGAAGCAUUUCAGCAAACACUACUCGUAGCCAAAUUCCUCUGUGGUAUUCAUGUCACCAACAGCUACAUCUGCACCUUCGCUCUCACUCAAGGUCCAAGCAUGCUUCCAACGUUUAAUCUGACUGGAGAUCUUGUUUUGGCUGAAAGGCUAUCAACUCGGUUUGAGAAAAUGCAACGUGGAGAUGUGGUGCUAGUGCGUAGCCCUGAGAACCCGAGAAAAAUUGUGAUCAAAAGACUCAUGGGUAUGGGUGGUGAUACUGUUAGAUAUGUUGUGGAUCAUGCAAAUAAUGGAAUAGAACAUACUAUUGUGGUACCAGAUGGACAUGUUUGGAUUGAAGGAGAUAACAAAUUUAAUACCAACGAUUCGAGGAACUUUGGACCUGUACCUUAUGGACUUGUACAGGGCAGAGUCUUUUGGAUUGUAUGGCCUCCUGAAGAUUUUGGAUCAGUAGGAAGAGAAGUACAGUAAUCAACCUUUCAAGAUUUGGAGUAUGCUUGUAGAGUAUUCUCUUACAAGCAUGGUUUUUAAACAAUUUACUGAAGAUGGCAAUUGGUGGGUUGCUUUACUACUAGGUUCGAGGUGGAAGACAGGACGCCGGAGCUGUUAAAUAUAUUCGGUUAAUGUAUUUCUCAAGCUCCAAAGGCUGCACGGUUUGCAUAAUUUAUUCUUGAAGUGCCACUGCUAAUGCAUUAGCAAGUUUCUAGCUCGAUAGGAACCACAUUGGUCUUCCAUAUUUACUUAUGCCCAAAAAUUGUUUCAAUUUCUUUAACAUGUGAAAGCUUCUUUUCUGUUUUACUUUGUCGUUGUUCUUCUAUCAAAAGAGUCGUUCGGGACUUGUGGACCUAAGGGUUGUGGUCUGGCGGUCACUUCUCAUAUCUAACUCGAGCCUUUGUAGUCAGAGUUACUCGAUACAUGUUACCGCUGGGAAAUUACAUGUACCUGGUGUCUAAGGUGCAGGCAAGCUUUGCCAAAACACCUCACAAUGUUAAAUUUUUCAUUUUUGGGCAGUUACAUGUUCCAUUUAAUAAUACAGUAGUAAUUUUUUUUUAUGUUAAAUUACUGCAGCAUAUAUCCAAAAGUUGGGAAUUGA